CCAAAAUUUCCAAUUGGCGCGGUCAUCGACCACCGAAGUAGCAACCUUCGACUGUCCUGUGAGCGAAAUUGCCGGCCCGAAAGCCAAGCCCACUCCCCGCCUUCCUCUGGCACCGAGGUCACCCUGAUGACCGUCGCCUGGCGGAUAUGAGUCAAUUUAAGAUAGGCCGCCUUUUGGCGCCGGACCUAGUCCGACCUCUCUCCAAGACUGUGUACCCGACGACGACAACAAUCGUCCCAUUAUGGACCCGACUGUUCUCCCAAUCCUCCCCCGCAGGCGACGGCUGGAACCCUCCUCAACAUCCAUCGGCCCAGCAAAACGGUGCCCCACCAGCGCAAACAUGGCAUCGACUCGUGAAGAGCGUCAUGGGAGGCGCUCUGGCCGGGCGCUCGGCUACAUCGAACCUCGCGGAGGAUGUCACAGGGACGCUGCCGAUUGAAGAGGAGGAGGACAGCCACGAGCCCUACCACUUCCACAUUUACAGCCACAAGCACAAUACCCACAUCACGCUCACCAAGCCAAACCGGGACGCCAUCCUCUCCUUGUCGUGCGGCAACAUUGGCUUCAAGAAAUCCGGGCGCAAGCACUACGACUCGGCGUACCAACUGGGCGCGUAUUUCAUAGACAAGAUGCACCAGAAAGGCCUGGUCAAGAAGAUCAAUAAGCUCGAGGUGGUUUUGCGAGGUUUCGGCGCGGGCAGAGAGGCUGUGGUGAAGGUGCUUAUGGGGAACGAGGGCAAACUGUUGCGGGGUAAGAUUGUGCGGGUGUCAGAUUCGACAAGACUCAAGUUUGGUGGCACCCGGAGCAAGAGAAAGAGGAGAUUGGGUUAAACAGUUGGCGCGUGAUGAGUGGUGGGUUGGCCUUUGCGGAAUCCAAGGGGGCAUAUAUGGCGCCGGAUGGCUGGGUGGAGGUCACGGAUUCGCGGAUCCGAUGCUCGUGUACAUCUGUAACUAUACUGCAAACAAUUAUUCGAACCACUCACUGCGCACCUUGAGCGAAGCCUACACAUGUCUGCCUGUCAAUACCAACUGCAUUUUACAACUGAGUGGCUGGCACGGGCUUCUAGAUGCUUGCAGCUGGGUUGAAGGCGCGGCACCGGAC